UUGGCAAAUCACAUUAUCUCUCCCGAUAUUCGGAUCCGAGACCUUUGUGUUACAAGGAUAGACCAACUGGCAGAAAAACCCUUACCAAAAGGGGUCGUCGGGGCUGUACGGGAUGUACAAGUACACAGCCACUUCCGAUCAGACAGGGGAUGCCUUGUGUGGAGAGAGCAGUAUUGAUUUAAAAAGACAAACAUAAUCAACUGUUAAGAUAUUUUACCUUUUUAAUUUCAGAAUUAAAAAGAAGAUAGCAAUCAUAAGUAUACUAUCCUACCUGACAAUCUGUAAUUUGUUCUGGACCUUAAACAACGAGUUUUCGAAUAAUGGAGACGAAAUUCCAGUUAUUGAAAAUGCUGAGAUAGUGGAAGGAAAAUAUAACAAACAGAAGAAGUCACACCAUGUAGACAUCAAUCAAAUGAAAAAUAUUUCAUACCCUUUCAGUUGUCCAGAAAAUUACAACCCUGACGCAUAUCCGGGACGUUUAGCAGAGGACAUCCUUUGUAUGAAAAGGCCUAAGUUUUUAGAAAAUAUGAAGAAUCCCUGUUGGAAUGAGAAAGACAGAAUGCGCUGCUUGCCAUACUUUCAUAUUGUAGGCGUGUGUAGGUCUGGUGUAGCGGAUCUGUAUAAUCGAAUGUUAAUGCACCCUAAAAUUGUGGGUAAUACAGGACCGCACUCAAGGGAAACUGACUUCUGGUCUUGGAAACGAUAUGGUCUAAGUUUCUUCGACAUGCAACUUAUCAACUAUGGUGAUUUUUAUACUCUGUCAGAUUUUAGCAACUUCUUUGAAGGAAUACAGAGAAGAAGUAAAGAAGAAAAUAAAUACGAUCUCAUAACAGGUCAUGCCGAUGCCAUGGAUUAUUGGCAAGCUUUUGACUGGCGAAAAAUACCACAGAACAAUCCAAAGUCAACUGUACCUACAUAUACCACACCAGACUUAAUAAAACAUAUCAACCCAAAUAUCAAAAUCAUCCUUAUGAUCAGGGAUCCAGUAGAAAGAUUAUACAGUCAAUAUAUCCAUGACAAAAGAUUUAUUAUCCGGGAACUGGAACCGGAUAGAAACAUUCCGGAUGACUUGUAUGUACGAAGAGUAAGUGAACAGAAGGUAGACCCAGAGACAUUCGAUGAAUACGUCAAAUCAUCGAUAGAUUUAUACACAACAUGCGUCAGAGAAUACGGAACACGUGGUUGUUUACAUGGAAUGCGAAUAUAUUAUAACAAGAGGCUUCCAUUAGUAGCGGGGUUGUAUAACGAAUUUCUUAAAGACUGGUUAAAAGUAUUUAAAAAGGAACGGUUUCUCAUAAUAAAGUUUGAAGACUACAUCAAAGAUACCGGUGGGGUAAUGGCAAAAGUGUUUGAUUUUUUAGAUGUUGACACUGUAGACGAAUCCACCAUUACUAAAAUGUCAUGUAGAAAGAAAAUUCACGAGCCAAUUUUUAAUUCAAAAGUGUUGCCAAUGUUGAACAGUACAAAGACGUUGUUGCGAAGAUUUUAUGAGAAAAGCCAAGUGGAAUUUCAAAAUCUACUUAAAGAAUAUCAAAUAGAAAUGAGUAUACAACCGUUGAUGCUGAAUGGCAAAGCUAUUGACUGUUCAAAACAUUAUAUUUCAAAUGAAAAAGAACUUUGACU